AUGGCAGGCCAGUAUUUCUCCGUCCCAGACGGGCAGCAUGACAUACAUCUACAAUUCCAAAGCACGCCACCAUUAAUUCAAUCUCGCCCAAACUCACCGCCGAAACCACGUUUUCAAGGCCUUCCAGCAAGGCGAAGAUCGAAGGUCAAGCUCUGGCUAGGUAUUAUUGGCAAAUGGUCCGAAACGGUUGCGAUCGUCCUCGUCAUAUAUGUCAUUCUGGUCGUAUAUGCCAUUAAGGAUGUUAUGUCGCAGAAGGAGAAGAAAUAUUUUAAUGCGCUUAUUACCGGGUCUCUCAUAGCCUUGGGCCUGUCGACUAUGAGUCAGUUAACAGGUGCGGUGCAAGAUUUGAAAUGGUGGAUUUUAAGCAAGCGACCAAGAUCGCGACAGAAGGUUAAUGCGAUCCUCGAGGUUUCAAGCAUGACUGAGACCUUGGCUCUAGCAUUCAAGUCCUCGCGAUGGACCAUUCACAUCGCCGUCGCGGCAUGGGUGUCACUCUUUCUCGCCAUUCAAGUCGGUUAUGCGUCCCUUGGUCUUUGCUAUUCGGUAGAGAAAACUGAAGAUGUGGCACUCAUGGUCUCUGGCAAGGUCUCCAUGGCAAAUUUGACCACCAUCUUCCCUACAGCCAUCCUCAAUGCGACCCAAUCGGCCACAGACCAGGAAUAUGCCGCUAAUAACUACGGUGUAAUGUCUCUGGCCCUUAGAGAGGGCGGUCUGGAUGACAUCCCAGAUUCAAAGACCUUAUUCUUUGCUGACAACAAUUUCCUCUUCUGUGACGACUAUUGCUCGUAUGUUUUUCGCGAGACAAACACAGAAACCGUGGACAACCCAUAUAAAGCUCCUGUGAUCGCCCUUACCGAUAGACGCGUGGACAUCAGAACAAAUUGUUCAGCUUACAGGGUGCAUGAGGGAGGGAAUGGCACCAGCAACACGAUUGUCGUUGAACAAAACUCGCGGAAAACACCUAUUACACUGCCCAGCAGUAAGAGAAGCGAUCGGAAAGUCUACAUGACAUCUGCAAAUCAAACCUGUGGUAGUGAUUGUAGUAUCGUCUCCGUAUUCGAAGCAUCUUCCACGGAUCCAUGGUUCUACAAUUGUACCAUCAGUCUAGGUCCAGUACUAAACGCGAAAAAGCCCGAACACGAAAUCGGCCCAAGUCUUGCACGUUUGGCAACAUCAGCGAUAGCUCUCGGAGGAUUUGGCAAUGAAGGCGACAUCAGAACCAACAGUUACCCCACAGCUUCUGUAUUCGGUAUGCCACUCAACGGCUCAACUGAUGCAAUGCACUAUAUCCUUUCCCGUUUCGCAAUCGGCGUUCUGGCGGCUGUUGUCGAGUCAAACACAGACAUUGUUAUGGACGGACAACAGCCAACAAUCGGGCAGAAACUCAACGUUUCGCACUGGGGAAUCAUCACAUUGAUCUUGUGGGUCACGACAUUCCUCCAGCUGAUUGUGGCUAUUGUGGCGACCAAGGUAUCGGAAAAGGUUGUGGUUCCACCGAGAGACUCGCUUUCUGAAGCGCAGAUUCUUAGGGCUAUGGUUGUGGAUGGUAUUGUGCAGGAAGAAGCAAAGGUUGAAGGUCAGGUGCCAAAAGUCAGGUCUUUGUGGAUUUAUAGGAAUCAACAUGUUGAUGCGGGCUUGUAUGAUUUGUAUAUGGAAGAGGUGAGAGCAUAG